AUAAUUUUAUACCAUUUCACAACUUAUCUAAUAACAUCACGUUUACUUUAAAUUGAGCAUUAUGGGACCCAUUCCUCCCGUCGCCUUCAGAGAAAAUGAUCCUCCACGAUAUGAAGAUGAUAUUAUGGCGAACGAUGAUGUCUUUAGAGAAAAUAUUAAUCUUGAAGAUGAAGAUGAUAUUAUGACAGACGAUGGUGCCUUUAGAGAAAAUAUUUAUGUCGAAGAUGAAGAUGGUAUUAUACUGAACGAUGAUGUCUUUAGAGGAAAUAUUUAUCUCGAAGAUGAAAAUGAACAUACUAUAGUAAAUAGUAGUGCAAGUUAUAAUUUCCAAGAUGAAGAUAAUAGUAUAUUGAACAGUAAUGAGAGAGAGAGAGACUUCAGAAGAAAUAAUGAAAAUGAAGACAAUGAACUGCCAUUUUACAUGUUAUUAUUUACACCUACCCUCGAAUGUAUAAAAAAUGUACUGUACGUCGCAUUGCACCCAUUUUUCGACGAAUUCGAAAUUGCAGUGGUUAGCUGUCCCUGUCUAACCAGACCGCCAUACAAUCUUGCCGCAGAUGGACUAUCUAGUAACACGGGGAUUUUGCAUAUGGGUGGUAUAAAUAAUCUCAGCCCAAUCCCGCGAACAGAUCUCAUAUUCGACAUUCAAUAUAUAUUAUCAAGAUAUUGCUACGAUGUCUUUGUUAUUGGAUCAGGUUAUGCCACAAAACCAUUUAUGCCUUACAACGGUCAUCUUACUAUAAACGCGAUCGUCUCGGAGAAUCCCACAAAUGUUAUUAAUAAUAGUUGUAUCUCUUAUGAGGAUGCUAGUACUGGCCUGAAUAAAUUGAAAAUUAUCAACGAUCCCAAUCAAAUGAAAUGCUCUAUGUUGGGCACCUUCUUUUUCAGUGAAGGUAGACGAGGAAUGGUGAUCAAAAUGCGCAUUAAAGGACAGAAAACCACUGAUAAUAUUAUAAUGUUGAUACAAAAAUGUUUGAAUGUUUGCUAUCAGUAUCCAAUCGGUUUAGGUGUCGUACUCGUAAUAAACGGGGGCCAAACGUUACAAUUUAUUACACCAGAAUAUUAUCCAAUAUGGUUCUCUACACAUACAGAUUUUUAUAAGUGGUUAAAGUACUCUAAACAUAACUGCACGAAUUUAAUAACUGUGGGUGCAUUAACCAACUCCUCAUUUAUAAAUUUUGGACAGAAUUCUGAUGGAAAUGCUGUAGGGAGCCGUUACAGAUUUAACACUUUCUCCAAUUAUGAAGCGACCGGAGAGUUUUGCACCAAUGUCGCAUCGGAUGACACAGAGUACAUUUUUUACUUCAAUAUAGCGCAAAAAGUAUAUUUCUAAAUGUGGCAAAUAUUUUUAUUCUGAAUAUAAAAUCAAGUCCUUUUUAUUAAAGCGCCAUAUGUCGUGAGAAAUUCAGAGAUAUAUUUUCAUAAAGUAUUCGUGAUGAAGAUAUCUCACAUAAAUCUUUAGGUUUGCACAAGAAUAAUCUGUUCUAUUUUAGAAUGCAACAAAUCGUAACAUUUAUUAAUAUACUGCUAUACUGCUAAUAUAUGUUAUUUUUGAUAUUCUGACUAAAUAACGUAGUUCAAAUAGUUUACGUUUGUUUUAAUUCACAACGAAGAGAAAUAUCACAGGAAUAAAAAGAAAAUUAAAUAUUAAAAAAAUCGACGAUAUCUUUCUAUAAACUUUUGCUCUUACUUUUUCUGCAAAUAAAAUGAUUUGUUCGACUUUUUAAAAAUAAUUAGCAUAAAGCUAUACCCACCCAAAGUAUAUUUGUAAAUAAAUAUAACUGUCCGAAUUAGAUGGCAUAAACAAAUAUAGAACUGUAUCUACUGCAGAACGUUAAAUUUUAAUUUCGUGAAACUAUUGUAAUUCGUUGAUAUUAUUUUAGUUUCAU